AUGGCAUCCAAUACAACUCAGAUUCAAAUGAAUUCUCUUAAUAUUACUACUAUCUCUCAACCACCUUCUUCUAAUAGACGUCAAAACUCAAGUGUGAAUCUGGAUAGACGAAAUACGUCCAUUCCGGACAGAACUGAACCAACAGUAUUAAUGCUAAAAGAGACUCCUUUAGAUGUAAUAAAUUCACCUAUUGCUGCCAUUGUAUUAUGUCUUUUCACGUGUAUUGCAACGAUAAGCGGUGUUAUUAUAGUAUGUUUAACUGCAUCGAAAUCACAAGCUACACCAUGUGGGUUAAAUUUUUCACCAACAUCAAUCAAUCCAGUAGAAUAUAAAUAUGGUCCAAGAUCUAUUGCGGUUGCUGAUCUUAAUAAUGAUACAUGGUUAGAUUUAGUUACUGCUGAUUCGAAUGUUAAUAAUAUCGCUAUUUAUUUUGGAAAUAAAAAUGGAACUUUCAUAAAACAAAAUGAAUAUUCAACUGGUGCGAAUUCUAUUCCAUAUAUGGUUGCUAUUGGUGAUCUUAAUAAUGAUCAUCAAUUAGAUAUUGUAGUUACAAAUAUUGGUACAAAUAAUAUUCGAAUCUUUCUUGGAUCAGAAAAUGGAUCAUUUAUUAAUUAUAAAGAUAUUUCAACAGAUUCAUCUCGUCCAAUAUUUAUUAAUUUAGUUGAUUUUAAUAAUGAUACAUUACUUGAUAUGAUUAUAAUUAAUUAUGGAAUGAAUAGUAUAAGUAUAUUUUAUUCAUCGGGAAAUGGUACAUUUUUAAAUCCAUUGAUUUAUUCAACUGGAUAUGAUUCAUCGUCAUCAUCAUUAAUUACUGGAGAUUUUAAUAAUGAUCAUUAUUUAGAUAUUGCUAUAACAAAUUAUGGAACAAAUAAUAUUCAAAUUUUAUUUGGAAAUCAUGAUAGAAGUUUAAGUAAUAAAAUAAUUAUUUCGACUGGUAUUAAUUCACAUCCAUCAUCGAUAACUGUUGGUUAUUUUAAUAAAGAUUCUUUUCUUGAUAUUGCUAUUACCAAUUAUGGAACUAAAACUAUUGGCGUCUUCAUAAAUAAUGGGAAUGGAAAUUUUCCAAAUCAAACUAUUUAUCCUAUUGAUUCUACUUCACCAUAUUCAAUUGAUGUUGGUGAUUUUAAUCAAGAUAAUCAUAUGGAUUUAUCUUUUAUCAGUAUUGGUGGUAAAAAUACUGGUUUACUUCUUGGAUACGGGGACGGUUCUUUUUCUAGUGCAAGAAUGAAUUCAACUGGAUCAUUAUCUUCGGUUUCAUUUGCUAUUUGUGAUUUUAAUAAAGACAAUCGAUUGGAUAUGAUUGUUGUUAAUAAUGAUACUGGAAGUAUAGAUAUUCUUAUUGGUUAUUUUGAAGGUUAUUCUAAUCCAAUGAUGUAUACAACUGGUUCUUCACCACGUUCUAUAGUUGUUGGUGAUUUUAAUAACGAUGGUAUACUUGAUUUAGUUGCUGCUAAUCAUUUUGGUAAUACAAUCAGUAUUCUCGUUGGAUAUGCAAAUGGUUCUUUUGAAAAGGAAAAAGUAUAUCCAAGUGGUAAUCAUUCAUGGUCUAUGGCUAGUGGUGAUUUUAAUAAUGACAAUCAAUUAGAUAUUGUUCUCGUCUGUUAUGAUAACAAUGAUGUAAAUGUCUAUCUCGGUUAUGGUAAUGGUUCGUUUGCACAUCGUAUAGAAUUUUCAACUGGUUCAUUUCGUGAUUUUGUAGCUGUAGGAGAUUUUAACAAUGAUAAACAAUUGGACAUCGUUGUCGCGUAUUCUAUAAGUAAUAAUAUGAGUGUACUUUUCGGGUAUGGGAAUGGUUCGUUUACUAAUCAAACAACCUAUAAAACUGGUUAUCAACCCUAUGCAAUAGUUGUUGGAGAUUUCAAUAAU